CUCUUUGUUAACAUCUCCUCCUUUGCUUUGUUACUCAAGCAGAUGCAAGCAUUGUUUAGAAUUGGGAAGGGUGAGCCACCACCAGUUCCUGAUUCUCUGUCAAAAGAUGCACGAGAUUUUAUCCUGAGAUGUCUACAAGUUAAUCCUAAUAAUCGUCCAACAGCUGUUCAGCUCUUACAUCAUCCAUUUGUGAAGCGGCCUCCUCCAACACCCUCAGGCUCAGCUUCUCCUUAUCUUGGCAGACAGAGUUGAGAAUUUCUUUCCAUAAAAACCUUGGCUGCAAAAGUAACAGAUGCAUUUAUGGUUGUAAAGAGCUAUGUCUUUGAUGAAAUUAAGGUGAAAUUGCCUUGUAGCAUUGUCGACACUUGUUAGAUAAAGAUUUGCUUCUGCGGAUUCAACAUUCAAGAGCCUGCACGUUGGUAUUUGAUUAAAGCAACCAACAGGCUGCUAAGGAUUUUUAGCACUCAGAUUACAAGAUGAGAUGCAUAUUGUUGGUGCAGAAUUUCGCACUAGAAGGCCAAGUGCUCUCAAAAGUUUGGCGCUGUUGUUGUAUAAAUAGUAAUAGUUUGCUGAUGCCAAGUUGUUUUAUCAUCUCAUCGCUCUUAUCUGUUUUCCAGGAGUAGAUUUUUAUCAGGUGAAAUAUUGUAGGGCAACAUGUGGGAAAAUUUCUUGUAAUGGUGUCGGGCAACAUGCUUUAUUAGUGUGUGUAUAUAUGUAUGUCUUUUUUUUUGUUGAAGCCGAAGUAUUUUUGUAUGCAUAAAGGCGGAAUUAAUGGUGUACUUAAGUUAUACUCUAAUAGUUCUGUUGUAGGAUUCUACUUUUAUGUGAAAUAGAAAUCAAUUUAUUUUUUUCUUUCUUCAUUAAUUGCGCUGGUGAUGGAACCCCUGUACUCCUCUCUUUUUCAUUCUCUUAACUAAGAGGGAUUGCAAUGUAUUUGUUUUAUAAAUUUAAAGUUUUAAA